AGAGAUCGUUCUUCGCAGGGUUUCCGCUUUCGGUUUCAGCCUUCGAGCGUGUUUUCUGAGACGAGGAUGAGCAUCAUUCUCGCCCAAGCAGCUGCAAAAGUGCAACACCAGCAACAUCGCCAGUAACCGCAGCCACACAAACGGGUUUCAUUUGCACUCGUCGUGCGUUUAUUUUAAUUGUGUAUGCGGUUGGGUCGCGUGCAGUUCACGGAAUAUGCAAAAAGGCUUAAUCAUUAAAUUAAACACAGACUAACGACUAUCCACGGCGGCUUGAAUCAUUUAUAUAGUUCUAUACUCCGAGGGAAAGCAGUCUGAUCGUUCAGUGCUGCGAGAUACAAUUUUAAAAACAAUUACAAGAAAAAACACAAAAAAUUAAAUACGAAAAGUGAACUUAAAAGAAAAACAAAUUCUACAAAUAAAGUUAUUAGGCCUUUUUGAAGGCUAAAGUGAAAAGUGAACACCGAAACCUAUACCACAAUGAAGCACAAAUAUCUGAUUUUGCUUCUUGCGGGAACGGUACUGCUCCUGGCCACUGGAGUUAGGGGCCAGCACGAGGACAUUCCUUACCAGCCAGUGACCAAUAUCUGCCAGACGUGCCUAUGCCUGAGCAGCCAGGACAGUGGCCACCGGACGCACUUCGACCUGGACUGCUCGGUGAGGAGUUUCGAGCACAUCCUGGCCCGAUGGCCGGAGGAGUUCGGUAGCCAGGCGAUGGCGGCCGGAGCCUCUUCGGAGAUUGUGGCCUCCUUCUCGGGCAAUCGCAUUAGACUACUCCAACAGCUGCCGGCCACGAAUGCCAGCCUAACCCUCUCCUGCCGCCACUGUGGUCUGCAGGAGCUGCAGACUCCGCUGUUCAUGGACGUGCCCAAUGUGGAGGCACUUUAUCUCAGCUGGAACGAGCUGUCCGACGAUGCCCUGGUGCCGGAUCUCUUCAGAGGUCCCUUCCGCAACACUCGCUACGAACCGAUCGGUUUGCGAGAUCUGGACUUGAGUCACAAUCGAAUAGCUCGCCUGGAUCGACGACUCUUUGAGCAUACGCCCCACUUGACCAAGUUGAAUCUGGCCUACAACAAACUGGCUGUCCUGGAUGAAGCCACCACAGCGGCCGUGGCCUCAGUGGCCACUCUGGAACGCAUGGAUCUCUCCCACAAUGGCUUGAUGUCUCUGCCAGCGGGGCUUUUCCCAAAGCUGCAGAGCCUCCGUGUUCUGGAUGUUUCCGGCAAUGAGUUCACUGUUGUCCCAGCAAGUCUCCAGCAGUUGGCCAACUCGUUGGUCCAACUAAAUCUGGCGGCAAAUGCCUUUUCCAGCUUCAAAGAGAAUAGUUUUCAGGGUUUGGUGUCGCUGAAACGUCUUAAUAUUAGUGGCAUGCCAUCUCUGCGAAUUGUGGAAUGGGGAGCCCUCAAAUUGUCGGCCUUGGAGCAACUCGAUUGCUCCAGGAAUUCCAAACUGGAGCGCUUGGAGAUGGCCGAUCUGCUGGGCAGUCGGAACUUGUCGCAGUUGGAUUUGUCCAGGAAUGCAUUGACCACAUUGGCCCUAAAUGUCAGCAGCAAUGCUAGCAGUGCUGCACCCUGGCCACGCCUUCGCCGCUUGAACAUCGUCGAUAAUCCCUGGUACUGCAGCUGUGAUCUCUUCAAGACCCUGGAGCUAACUGGCCUGGCGCACAUCGAACGGGAAACCGAUGGAACCGAGGCCCGCUGUGAAACGCCAUACCUUCUGGCCGGAUCUGUGCUCUCCAAUUUGACGGCCGAACGGAUCUGCAAGAUGGUGAUACCAAAGAAAUAUCGUGAGGUCGAGGAGGAACCACCGCGGUUCCUGAGACGUCGCUACAUCAUACUCACCGCCAUCAUUGCCAGUGUGGUGCUGGUGAUCGGUCUGGUGAUCGGAUUCGUUGUGGCUUGUGUGCGCCGGCGUCUCAAGGGCAGCGAUUACGGGGUACAACCCAUCCGGUACACCAGCGUCAGGGGUAGCAAUCUGUCGCAGUUCUCGCAGCUGCAGCCCGCUUCGGUGGCCAGCAAGUUCAGUAGUGUCCAUGCCGGGGGCAGCAGUGGAGCCACCACGGGUGCUGCCAAUGCCUAAGGCGGCAUUCAAAUCCUAAUGCGGUUCAAAUCGCGAGCUAGCUGCACAAGUUUCGAGCCAAAGAUGUCCACGACAGUACGACAGUGUUGCGAACCCAACCGAACAAGACUUCCUGUGCGUGCUAUCCUGUAUAUAAGUAGGUGUCCUCUGUAUUAAUAUCCCACGAAGGAACUGAUCCUCCCAUCCUAAUUCCCGAACUCCAAAACUAACCUCCUAGUAUUUAGUGCUGCCAUCGAUGUUUGUACUGUACUUAAGUUUCGAACGAUAGUGUGUAAUAAAACAUUUUUAAAACAAA